AUGGAGAAUUCAGAAAAAACCCAACUGAAAUCAUCAUUGUCACCAUUAGCCUAUGGAAAUGUGAAAGAAGGAAAGCAGCCGGACCAUUUCUCCUAUGCCAUGCACCUGAUCACCUCAGCAUCACUCAGCAUGGUUUUAUACACCGCAGUCAAGCUAAAGUUGUUUGAAAUAUUAGCCAAAGCCGGCCCAGGAGCAAAACUGUCACCUUCAAAAAUCGCAUCCGUGUUGCUCAAGACCAAAAAUCCUGAUGCAUCUUCCAUGCUUGACAGGAUGCUUCGGUUGUUGAGUAGCCACUCGCUGCUCAGUUGCGACGUUGUCGAGGUUGCAGACGGCGGUGCUGGUGGCAAAAAUGAUGUUGGAUAUGAAAGAGUUUACGGGUUGUCUCCAGUCGGCGAAUAUUUUGUACCCGAUGAGGAGGGAAACUCACUUGCGCCGACCCUGGAGCUUGUUCAAGAUAAAGUCCUGAUGGACUGCUGGUAUGAACUGGGGAAUGCUGUGCUUGAAGGAGGAAUUCCAUUCAGUAGAGUCCAUGGUACACAUGUAUUUGACUAUUGUAGCAGGGAUCCCAGGUUUACUGAUCUAUUCAAUAAGGGCAUGGUUGGUCCUACAGUCAUAACAAUGAAAGAACUGCUUCAUCAAUAUAAAGGUUUUGAGAACCUUCAGACAUUAGUUGAUGUUGGUGGUGGGCUUGGAAUGUCCCUCCACAAGAUUGUGUCAAAGUACCCUUCUAUAAGGGGGAUCAAUUUUGACCUGCCAAAUGUCAUUGAAAAUGCGCCAUCCUAUCCAGGAGUGGAACACAUUGGUGGAGAUAUGUUUGAAAGUGUUCCAAAAGGAGAUGCCAUUUUUCUGAAGAUGAUACUCCAUAAUUGGAGCGAUGAUCUCUGCAUACAACUACUGAAGAACUGCUUCAAAGCUCUACCAGAUCAUGGAAAAGUAAUUGUUGUUGAUCUGAUCCUGCCUGUGAAACCUGAUAAUAGUGCCUUGGUAAAAGACAUUUUUCAGACUGAUUUGUUCAUGAUGAUUCAAACCCCUAGAGGAAAAGAGCGAUCAGAAAUUGAUGUUCGGGCCUUGGCUAUCGCAGCUGGAUUUGAAGGCAUUAAAUUUCAAUGUAGUGUGGGUGCUGUUUGGGUCCUCGAGCUGUACAAAUAG